AUGGAUGAAGAGCUAUUUGUUGUUGAACAACCAUUUCUCGUCCUGGUAGACGAACCAGGUUUAUCGCGCUUCAAAGAAAACAAAUUAUCUAAAUGGUUUCAUUUGACAUUAGAGCGGUUAUUGUUAGAAAAUAGUGCAACUAUCAAUGAUACAGGUAUUGUUACAAUCAAUAUAGAAAAUAGGAGGCUGAAUAAUAUGAAAUUUUAUCAUCAAACAUUUGCUGAGUAUUACUGUGCAGAAUGUUUUCUUGCCAUACUCAAAGAAAAAUUUGGUGACCACAGUGUUUUAAAUGACUGUAAACAAUUUUUGAUCAAUGAAUUAUUUAAAGAUCAUUUUGAAGUUGUUUAUUUAUUUAUGUAUUCGUAUAUUUAUUGUUCUGAUGCUGAAUAUGAUCUUGUAUUAACGUCUAAUUGGGAAAUUGUACAACAAUCUUGGUUAAUUAAACCAGAUAGAAAAGAUAUUAUUAGAUGGGUUUUGUGUUAUGGUGAAACAGCUAAAAUAUGCGAGAAUGAAAAUUCUAAACAAUGUUUGAAAUAUUAUGUAAAUAUAAUAAUGAAUUUAAUCAAACUAUUUUUAAAGAUAUAG